AUGAUGUUGCUGUUUCGUUGGCUAUCUGAAAUCCUCGACGCUCUACCAGUAUGCUCUGGAAGUAGUAGUACCAGUACUGAUGAAUAUUACAGUAAUAGCCAAAAAGAGGAGGAGUUCAAGAUGACGGAGGUUGAUGCAGAUGACAGAACUUGGUGCUCGACCCAGUGGGUUGGAGGCAUGAAGCAGACCUUGAACGAUGACGUUACUUUGGCCACCAGGGAUGACUACACAGUGGCCACCUUGGCCACCAAGGAUGACUAUAUGGUGGCCACCAAGGAGGAUUUCACAGUAGCGACAUGUCCGACUGAUUCCAUGUCGGAGAAAUCGUAG